AUGCUGAUAACAAAGCUAGCUAGAUGCAAAAGUUUGAAGCAGUUGCGUUUGUGCUCUUUCAAAGAUGCAAAAUGGCCGUCUACGAGAAAAAUGAGUAACCUCAACCCGCCUAUUAAGGCGACCCACCCGAGGAGAAAGGAGUUCCGAAAAGCCUCUGUGCUAACCGGCGCCUCAGCUUCAGCUGCGCUGCUGGCGUACUCUUUGCUUGAUUUUUCUUCAGAUGGCAUCGAGGUCAGCGAAGUUAUGCAGCACAACAAGCCUGAUGACUGCUGGAUUGUAUUGAAUGGAGAAGUUUAUGAUGUUACUUCCUUCUUGCAGAUGCAUCCAGGCGGGGCCGCAAGGAUAAUGGAAGUUGCUGGUAAUGAUGCCACAAGAAAGUUUUAUUCUAUACACUCUGAUUCAACACUCGAAAAAAUGAAAGAGCAACUGGUAUACAUAGGGAAGCUUAAGGGCAAAUUUGCCGAGACCAUAUCUGAAGAAGAUUUAAGAAUCAGAGAGAGCAGAAAAAAUAUACCAUCUCUUGGACUCAUUUUCAAUUUAUCUGACUUUGAAGCUGUUGCUAAGGAAGUUUUGCCAAAGAGCACAUAUGCUUAUUUUGCAACUGGAUCAUCCGAUGAGUUUAGUAUCCGGGAAAACCAUUACGCUUAUAGCAGAGUAUUUUUCAAGCCCAUGAUUUUACAAGAAAAUGAAUACGAUGUUGAUACAUCCACAGAAUUUUUGGGCUCCAAAGUUAGCCUACCUGUUUACAUUUCAGCUUUUGCGGGGUCAAAAUGGGCGCAUCCUUUAGCAGAGUUAAAUUUACAGUCUGCUGCAUACGAGGCUGAUAUUAUGCAGAUGGUUCCAAAACAAAACUCUUAUAGCAUUGAAGAAUUUUACGAAAAUGUUCCUGAGGAUCAAAAACAUUGGUCUCAAUACCACUUUGAUUCCAGAGAAGAGUUUAAUGAAGCCGGUACAUUAAUUAAAAAGUUAGAAGCUCAACCAAGCGUCAAAGCACUCUUCCUGAAUGUUGAUCUGCGCGAUAUCGGAAAUCGCGAAAAAGACAGCAGGCAGAGAGCUUUAGAUGUUGAAAGCAGCAAGAGUCUUUCCGCCAUUGUUACAAGCGAUAAGAGUUACGCAAAGUUCACUUGGAAGGACAUUGAUCAGAUCAUGUCUUCAACAAAACUUCCGAUUGGAUUGAAGGGUGUUCAGAGAGGAGAAGAUGUGGUUUUGGCUGCUGAGAAAGGCGUAAAGGCCGUAGUGUUAUCAAACCAUGGUGGACGUCAGCUUGAUUUUUCCAGACCACCACUGGAAGUUUUGGCCGAAGCUAAACAAAUGCUGAAAGAGAGAGGUUUGGAGGACAAAAUUGAAAUUUAUCUAGACGGAGGUAUCAGAAGAGGUUCUGACGUAAUCAAAGCUCUUUGUCUCGGAGCAAAAGGGGUUGGAUUGGGAAGGCCCUUCCUUUACGCUAUGGCAGGAUACGGGGAAGAAGGUGUCUCCCACUUACUGGACAUUUUGCGGAAUGAGAUGAAGAAUAACAUGAGGCUUUUGGGUGUGGAUAAGGUAGAAGAUCUAAAUGAGAACUUGGUUGAUAUUGGUAGCCUCAAAUUCCGCAAUCCUCGCGCUAACGAUGUCUUGUACGAUGAAGCCUAUCAACCCUUACGCUUUCCACCUGUGCGGAGCGCCAUUUAA